UUUGGAUCGUCCAAUAAUCGACUUUAAUGACAAAAUACUCGUUAUGCUAAUGUUUCGUGUAAACGAACCAUUAUACCAUACGCCUGGCAUUCACAAAACAGAGUUGUUAAACGCAAUGUCAGGCAAGCUGCCGUUUAAUGACACGUUGUUUUGUUUUUGUAUGGCGGGAAUUAGGAACAAAAAAGUAAACAUAUCUCAAGUGGAAAUUCCUCCAGAGUCAAAAAAUUCUGUAGAACAACGGCAAAACUCCUUGCAAUGACCACUACACGGCGUUUGGAAGUAAAAAUGCAAAGGCCCAAUGCCAUAUUCGAGUCCUGGUUGGAGAAGUGGCUGGAAGAUGCCGAACGAAAAGGAAAUCGCUCGAAAUACAAAUUGCGGGAGGCUUUGGAUGCUUUAAGGAUGUAUCCACUGCCGUUGUCUUCAGGUCGGGAAUGUGCAAUUUUAAGGGGAUUUGGUUCUACGCUUUGCAAUCUCAUUGAUGAAGAAAUGCGACUGCAGGCCAGCAAAGCCACAACCAUCAAUUUGAACAGUAGCAUGUAUGAACAGGAUGUACAGCAGGUGGUUGAGACUGUGAAAAAGGCCAGAAGCAAAAAUUCCGCCCAAGCUAAAGAAAAAGCCCCAAAACUUACUAAAAAACAACAAAAGGCUAUUGAGGAAGAAGAACAACGCGUUAAGCAAGUCACAAUGAGUGCGGGAUCAUUUCGUAUUGUACUUAUAGUGGAUACCCAGGAAACUAGCGGCAAGAACAAAAGAACUCUUGAUCAAACGCGUGGUUAUCUAGAAUCACUGCAUGUUGAGUACGAAGUUCGACGCCUGACAGUGGGCGAUUUUCUUUGGAUAGCUCGUAAUGCCGAUGGCGAUGAAUUGGUAUUGCCCUAUAUAGUGGAACGAAAACGUAUGGAUGACCUGGCAUCCAGCAUAAGGGAUGGCCGAUUUAGUGAACAAAAACAUCGUCUAAAACAAAGUGGUAUUCAACAUGUGAUUUAUCUAGUCGAAGACUAUGGUGACAAUGAACACUUGGGCUUGCCUCUGGAAAACCUGCAACAAGCCCUUAGCAACACUUUAAUUCAAAGUAAUUUUGCCAUACAACGCACCGAGAACCAUCGUCGUUCUAUGAUGUAUUUGCAGGGAAUGUCACAAAUGCUGAUACGUUUGUACAAGGACAAAGUUCUGCUAAGCUGUGAUAAAGAGGAUCUGCAACCAUCAAAUCCAACUCAAAGAAUGGUGGGACUUCUUAAAUUUAAAUCCCUUUAUGAAGACUCGGCACGUAACGCCCUGUUAACGGUGCGCGAAGUGUUUGUUCAACAACUUCUACAGUUGCACUCAUUAUCGCUGGAGAAGUCAUUAGCCAUUGUCGAGCUUUAUUCAACACCACGGUGUCUUAUGGAUGCCUAUGACAAUUGUGGAUCUAUAACUGAAGCUCGAAAUCUGUUGGCCAGCAUACGAUGCGGUCAACUGGAGAGACCUUUGGGUGAGAAAAUUAGUCAUACCAUUUAUGAUUUCUAUCGUAGUGUUUUUUGAAGGUAUUUUCUAUGGCACAUAA